UAACCUUUUUCCACUAAUUGAGAUCUAAUUGAGGUUUUAUUAAUUUGUAACUUUACUUAUUUGACUUAUAAAACAAAACGACGAGUACGAUAGAGAUUUCACAAAACUCCCCCUAACUACAUAAAGUGGAAAGUGGUCAACUCACACAAGUGACACUCACUCACACAACCACUUCAAUUGAAAAUGAAAGCAUAACAAAAUAAAUAAACUAAUUAUUUCCCCCCAAAUAAAUAUAAAAAAAAAAACCUAAAAAGACAAACUCCCCUAAUUAUUUCUUAUAUAAAAUAAAAUAAAGACCCCCAAAUAAUGGAGGAGUAGUAGAAAUAUGAACAAGAGGAAGAUGGUUGUUCUUUAGAGCUGGAGUUUUAAGACAAAAAAAAAAAAAAAAACCACCAAUCAAUGGAGAAUCCCAAUGUACUCCACACCACCACCACCACACACAAAUUAAAAAAAAAAAACAAAAUAAAUAUAGUAUUAGACUAUUAGUAGUAGUAGAAACCACACUCACUCAUUUCCAUCCCACCAUUUUCUCUCUUCUAAAACCCUAACUUUUUUAUUUUUUGUUUUUGUUUACUUCUCUGUUAUACUUUUAACUGAAUCUUUUCAUCUCUCUCUUCUAUCCGGAAGAUGAGAGAGAUUAACAGGCCCGACGAUUCUACGAUCGGGCCUGUUGCCGGGCUCGGCGGAGUGUCUUCAUCAUCUUCAUGUUGCUACACUCCGCCAUGUCCGGAUCAGGUACUGGAGAAUGUUCUAGAGAAUGUUCUUCACUUCCUGACUUGUCGCCGUGACAGAAACGCGGCUUCGCUUGUUUGUAAGGCUUGGUAUCGGGCUGAAGCGCUUACUCGAUCUGACCUGUUCAUCGGAAACUGUUACGCUGUGAGUCUUGCGCGUGCUACUAAUAGGUUUAAGAGGGUUAAAUCUGUUGUGAUUAAGGGUAAGCCUAGGUUUGCUGAUUUUGGGCUUACUCCACCUAAUUGGGGAGCUAAUUCAACUCGUUGGAUUUCUGGGUUAGCUGAAUCUUAUCCUUGGCUUGAGAAGAUUCAUUUGAAGCGUAUGUCAGUUACUGAUUAUGAUCUUGAGAUUGUUUCUAAAUCUUUUCCUUUUUUAAAAGAGCUUACUCUUGUUUGUUGUGAGGCUUUUGGGACUAGUGGUCUUGCUCUUCUUGCUGCAAAUUGCAGACAAUUGAGAGUGCUGGAUCUAUUUGAGGAUGAUGUGAAUGAUGAUGAAGAGGAUUGGAUAUCUUGUUUUCCUGAGAAUGGGACUUGUCUUGAAUCGCUUAGCUUCGAAUGUAUUGAUUUCCCGGUUAAUUUUAGUGCGUUGGAGAAGCUCUUAGCGAGAUCCCCGAACUUUAAGAAGCUUAGGGUGAAUCGUUUCGUGUCGAUUGACCAAUUGCAUAGGUUGAUGGUUCGAGCUCCGCAGCUAACCCAUUUAGGAACUGGCUCUUUUAGUCCUCCCGAAGUUUGGCAACCGUUUGAGCAAGACUUGGAUUAUCGAGCUGCUUUUGUUGCUUGUAAAUCUCUUGUGUGUUUAUCAGGUUUUAGAGAGAUCGCACCGAUGUUCCUGCCUUCCAUAUCCCCUGCGUGUGCUAACCUCACUUCACUGAACUUUAGCUUUGCUAAUAUAAAUGCUGAGGAAUUGAGAUCAGUAAUUUGCCAUUGCCACAAUCUCCAGACUUUUUGGGUGUUAGAUACCAUUCGGGACGAAGGGCUUCAAGCUGUUUCUUCAACUUGCAAAGAUCUACGCGAGCUUCGUGUUUUCCCACUUGAUGCUCGGGAAGACAGUGAGGGAUUUGUGUCUGAAGUCGGUUUGCUUGCUAUUUCUGAAGGGUGUAGGAAAUUGCGAUCCAUAUUAUAUUUUUGCCAGAGGAUGACAAAUGCUGCUGUAAUUGCAAUGUCAAAGAAUUGUCCAGAUCUUGUAGUGUUUCGACUUUGUAUUAUGGGCCGACACCGCCCUGACCACAUCACCAAUGAGCCAAUGGAUGAAGGGUUUGGAGCCAUUGUCAUGAACUGCAAGAAGCUCACUCGUCUUGCAGUUUCUGGGCUAUUAACUGAUAAGGCGUUUGAGUACAUCGGGCAAUAUGGUAAACUGGUGCGCACCCUGUCAGUCGCUUUUGCUGGGGAUACAGACAUGGCAUUGAAGUAUGUUCUCGAGGGCUGCCCGAAAUUGCUUAAACUUGAGGUUCGGGAUUGUCCAUGUGGUGAUUCAGUGUUACGUGCUGGUUUAAACCACUUCUACAACAUGAGAUUCCUUUGGAUGUCUGCUUGUAGGUUGACUCUUCCUGCUUGUAGACAGAUUGCCAGAGAAAUGCCUCAUUUAGUGGUUGAAGCAUUUACUGGUGGGAUAGAACCUGUUGAUGACAAGGAUGAAUUUGUUGAUACGGUAUAUUUGUACCGAUCUCUUGACGGGCCAAGAACGGAUGCACCAGAACAUGUGAGGAUUUUGUAGGUUGGAAGUCGGAGGGUGAUAACAUGUUUCCAUUGCUCUGACUCGUUCGUAAUUAGAGAAUGAUUUUCCGCCCUUCUCGAUGGUACACAUGUAGUCAUAUGCAGCCCGGCGUUUGGAGCCUUUAUGAAUAGACGAGUACUCCUCCAUGUAUGAUUCGGAGCUGUUGGGGUUGCAUACGGAAAGUUAUCAAAGGAGGGCGAUUGGAACUCCUCAGUGCAUAAGAGAAUGGUCAAUCAAGACAAUAAGUAUUAUGGAGGUAUUGCACCAUUCGUGGUUGUUAUACUCCUUUUUUCUCUUUUUCUUUUUUUACUUCCAUUUUUUUCUUUUUCACAUUUUCCCAUGUUUUAUUACCUCUUUGUGCAUUUAUUUCUACUACUAGAGAUGGAAGAUUGGAAUUGGGGGAAGGAUUAUGAAGCUUAUGAGUAGUAUCAUUUUUUUAUAUGAUAUGAAUUCAUAAGAUCGGGUUCGAUUAUUGUAUGUCAAAGAUGCUCGGAUCGGAUUUCGAUUGAAUUGUUGAUUUUUGGUUCAACCAUAGCUUAGCUGCAGAUAAUACCAGGAAACUACAAGUCUCAUUACAGAAGAUGGAUCAUACUAUAUAUCUUUCUUUCCCAAUUACAUAUGCUCAAGAGAAACUGAAUGGUUUAUCAAAUGUGUUUGAUUGUAGUCUAGCACCUGACUUUUUAUAAAAUUUAUUAUGUUGUUAAAUUUUAGCUUUGUUGAGAUGAGUAAUAAAUGUUUAUGAGAAGUAUUCAUGGGGA